AUGAUCGUAUUUGAAAAUAGAUUCAAUCAUAAAAGUCAAUCUUUCUUUAAUUUUAAAGAAACAUAUAAAUUACAGCUAUUGAAAGAAGAUAAUUGGAAGAACUACAACUCUUUAUUUCCAUAUCCAAACAGUAAUAUCAUUCUAAUGCUUUAUAGUAUUGCAAGAAGAUAUAGCAUCAAUAAAACCAAUGUACACUAUGCAAUAUGUUUAUUCCAAAGAUAUCUUGGUCUUAGAGAUAUUAAUCAAAAGAAAAGCAAUAGAAAUAACUUUAAUAUAAAUAACAAUAGAAAUUCAAACUAUGAAACACAAAUAUCAAUUUGCUCUUUAAUAUUGGCUUGUAAAAUGAAUGAAACACAUAUGGAAUAUACUCUUAAAAUUAACUAUCUUAGAAUACCAUUAAUUGAUGAAUUCGUUGGAUUGGUAUUAGAAUGUUACUUUCCGUCGAAUGUAGAACAACUUCAACCAGUUUGUCAAAAGAUACUUGACUUUUUAUACUUAUAUCCUAAAGAGUAUCUUAGUGAAUCAUUCUCAUUGGUUUCAAUUGCUGUAGUCUCAAUAGCAUACGCAAUCUAUACGAAAUCUAAAACCAAUCAAAUGAUACGUUGGGUACCCAAUAGACAUACUGCAAUUAUCAAUAGCAUUCAAUUUUCUAUAUUUAUUGUUACCUUACUCAAGAGUAUUAAACAAAUUUAA